AUUUUUUUAUGACUACAAUUAACCUGAUUCUUUCGGAUACAGGAGCUGGCCAGGAAACUUACAAAGAAAAACAGUUUCUCUUCCUAGUUUCCCAGAAACUUCUAUUCAUUUUUGAAUAAUUAUAUUUUUAGCAGAAUGGUUAAUGCAGUCGCCCUUUCUGCAGAUGAGAAAUAUCAUCUCAUCUCCAGAAAUUUGCAAGAAGUACUAGGAGAAGAUAAAAUAAAGAGUAUAUUGAAAGAACGAGACUUGAAAAUUUAUUGGGGUACCGCUACAACUGGAAAACCCCAUGUUGCAUACUUCGUUCCUAUGUCCAAAAUAGCAGAUUUUUUAAGGGCAGGUGCAGAAGUAACAAUUUUAUUCGCCGAUCUUCAUGCUUAUUUGGAUAAUAUGAAAGCGACUUGGGAACUUUUGGAGCCUAGAGUUCAAUAUUAUGAACAAAGCAUCAAGGCUAUGUUGAGUUCGAUAGGUGUACCAUUAGAUAAAUUGAAAUUUGUUAAAGGCACGAAUUAUCAGUUGUCCAAGGAAUACACAUUAGAUGUUUAUCGAUUAUCUUCAUUAAUAACUGAGCAUGAUGCUAAGAAAGCUGGUGCUGAAGUUGUUAAACAAGUUGAUCAUCCUCUUCUUAGUGGACUGCUUUAUCCAGGUUUGCAAGCUUUAGAUGAGGAAUACUUGAAAGUAGAUGCACAGUUUGGGGGAAUUGAUCAAAGGAAAAUAUUCACAUUUGCAGAAAAAUAUUUGCCACAAUUAGGUUACCAGAAGAGAGCUCAUCUGAUGAACCCAAUGGUUCCUGGAUUAACUGGAGGAAAAAUGUCUUCUUCUGAAGAAGAUAGUAAAAUUGACCUUCUAGAUUCUGCUGCAAAUGUAAAGAAAAAGUUGAAGAAAGCUUUCUGUGAGCCUGGGAAUAUCGAAAAUAAUGGCUGCCUCUCUUUUGUUAAACAUGUUAUAUUUCCUCUCCUUAAGCCAAGUGAAAAGUUCAUUUUACCUAGACAUGCAGAUCAUGGAGGAGACCUUGCAUUUGAUAAGUUUGAAGAUCUGCAGCAGGCAUUUGCCAAAGAAGAAGUUCAUCCUGGUGAUUUAAAAAGUGCAAUGGAAAUUUACCUCAAUAGACUAUUGGACCCUAUCAGAAAAACAUUUGAAGACAAGAAGCUGAAGGAAUUGACUGCAAGAGCAUAUCCAGUUCCUGGCAAACAAAAAGGAUCAAAUCAACAGCAAAAUCAAGCUAAUGAUGAACUUGUACCAAGCCGAUUAGAUAUUAGGGUGGGGAAAAUUGUUGAAGUUUCCAGACAUCCUGAUGCAGAUGCCCUAUAUGUAGAGAAGAUUGAUUUAGGUGAAGCAGCUCCUCGAACAAUUGUUAGUGGUCUUGUGAAUUUUAUUCCCAUCGAAGAGAUGAAAGACAGAAUGGUAGUUGUGUUAUGUAAUUUGAAACCAGCAAAAAUGAGGGGUGUUGAAUCCCAGGGAAUGGUGCUUUGUGCUUCAGUGGAUGAUCCCAAACAGGUAGAAACUUUGAUUCCACCAGAAGAUGCUAUACCAGGUGAAAAGGUUUAUGUUGAGAACUACGAAUCAGGAAACCCUGAUGAAGUGCUGAACCCCAAGAAGAAAGUGUGGGAAAAAUUACAAGUUGAUUUAAAAACCAAUUCUGAGUGCAUUGCACAGUGGCAAGGAAAUAAUUUAUUAACAAAGUCAGGUGGAAAAAUUAAAAGUAAAUCAAUGGCUGCUGCUCCAAUAAAAUAAGGUUGAGAAUAAAUAAUUUUAUUCAAUUUUUAUUAUUGACACAAUAUACAAGAUCACACAA